AUGUUCGCCCUCAAAUCUCUUCUCACCAUCGCCUUCAUGGCCUUCGUAGGCAUAAUCACACUCUGGCAGUCCUCAACCACCCAAAUCGACUCCCCCAUCGGGAAAAUCAGUAUCCACCAGAUGCAUGUUGAUCGCAUCUGCCAUGUCUAUGAUGCCAUGCGGCGCGUUCGUCCCGGCCUGACCUUACCUACCAACCUCUACGACUAUCUGGGCGUCGGCAAAAGGAGUGAUACCGACGCUCUAGGCAUUUGGAGAGUCUCCGCCUCCCGCGCUUGGAAUUACCUUAGCGACAAUAGAGAGCCCGACCGUGAGCUUUUCCUCCAAGCCUCUUCGGUGUUGCUGGAUCAGUCCACUCGCAGUGUGUAUGAUGGUACGUUUUGGCCUGCCAUUGAGGCUGCACCGCGUCAUCUCAAAGUCCAAAAGCUGAGAGAGUUAUGUGCUUGGACCCAAGAGACCUUGCGGACAUCAAAGCUUCUAGGACUGGUCCAGCAGAGCAACAGAAAGCUCAUUCAAGACAAAGCGCCAGGACAAGUGAAAGCGUGGGAUGGUGGCACAAUGUACCUUGCAUGUCACCUACCGGUAGAGUGCCUAACCUCCAACAAAGGCUCUUGGGCAACCGGCAUAUUAGACAACCUCGACCUUGUCAUAUUUUCAUUUCAGACUCUUCCUCUUACGGCUCUUUUCUUCCUCUUCCCCCCCGACCUUCUUACCCUUAACCCCCUUCCACUAUCACAUUCUCCUUCAUUACUCUCUUCGUGCCUACCACCGAACAACCUCACUGUUGGCGCCAUGGUCGUGACUGACCGUAUCAAGGAGCGUACCCGCCACAUCCAGCGAUAUUACCCUGCUGACGGGCCCAUGCCUUACAAGCAUCUCAUUACCCCCGAACAUCUCGCCAGAGCUCAGUUUCUGCAGCCCAAGUACAAAUUCGAUGACUUCCCCGGUGAUCUUGAAGAGUUUCCCGCCAGCUGGGGUGAUGCAUCGAGUUCAUCAGGGAAGAACUCUCUGUCGGGCGUCCUACAUAGCCCUGCAUGGACGUCUCUGCCGACUCAAUCUCAGCCUGCUUCUAGACAAGUGAUUGAGAUCGAGUCAGAAGUCCUGCCUAAGGCUGGCGGUGCUAAUCAAGAUCAAUUAGCUCAAGAUCCUCCCGUCCAGGCUACCGCCCAGCUGUCUCUGAAAGGCCCUGACGAGCAGGCGAAGGAUGCACAGGGCGCAAUGUCCUUGCUCAAGGACCUCGUUGAUGGAACUCCCGCACAAACCCCACGGACCGACCAGCAAUCCGAACGUGCCACUGGUCGCCCCCGCGACCUCUCGGAACAGCUAAUCCCCGAUGUCGACUGCUGGGGCAGUGUACGUCGCCUUUCCAACCCCUGGAACACAACCGAGAAAGGCACUGGCUGUAGUGGGGAUAAUGGGAUAGAAGUUGUAGCAACUUCUCAGCCUGCCAACGCUUCAACCUACUCGGUCGAAAAUGGGGGGCCCUCCAUGACCCAGCAUCAAGUGAACAAGCCCAACUCGUCAGGUGCUACUUCAAUUCUGAAGCGAUUCAUUGCCGACACAUUUCAAGUCGAAACACCUGCUACCCCCAAGAAGCUCGAUGGCCACCAGGUCGGCCAGCCAUUGUCUCAAUGUUUCCUCACCCCCAAUUUCCACGUACCCCCCGACAGUCCUUUUGCGAUGCGAGUCCAGGCGGGUCCAGCUGAGAAUUUGGGUACUUCCAGCAAGGAUGGUCCCAAGAAGGAGUUCAAGUACUCCAAGGAACAGGUGGCCAAGUAUGUCAAAUGGUGCAAGAAGCAGCAGCAGAAGCAUGUUGAUGAUGAUUGGCACAUCACGUCCACCCCCUCUGGCCAAGAUGCUAAAUUUGGCGACAUGUGGGGGACACCAGACCAUCCUGCUCACUUUUUGAUUACUACUUCAGUUGGUCUACUAUCAAGGCAUCCCAACUCCAAAGACUGGCCUUUCUGCUGCUCAAAAUAUGCAGGUGUGAGUAUCCCAACUCCUUUCUACUAUCUUCUGGCUCAGUUCAUGCAUCAAGAGCUGGGCUUCAACUAG